GAGCAACACACACUAAAUGAUGUAGCCGUGGGCACGUGCAUAGGUCCCAGCCGUGCCUGCCUGUUUGUCGGCUACAUUGAACAGUCUGUGUUCCAAGCUUACACUGGUGACCAUACUGUGCUUUUCCUAUGCUACAUCAACAACUGCAUGGUGCUGUUUCCUGCACUCAUGCUGAACUUGUUGACUUCAUCCACUUUGCCUUCAACUUCCACCCUGCCCUCGAGUUUACCUGGUCCAUUUCCGACACCUCCCUCCCCUUUCUCAAUCUCACUGUCUCAAUCUCUGGAGACAGCUUAGCCACUGAUGUCUAUUAUAAACAUACUGACUCUCACAGCUACCUGGACUAUACCUCUUCCCACCCUGUACUUGUGAAAGCACCAUCUCCUUCUCUCAAUUCCUUUGUCUCCACUGCAUCUGCUCACAGGACGAGUCUUUUCAUUCUUGAAUGAAGGAGAUGUCAUUUUUCAAAGAAAGGGGCUUCCCUUCCUCCACCAUCAACAUUGCCCUCAACUGCGUCUCUUCCAUUUCAUGCACAUCUGCUCUUACCCCAUCCUCCGGCCUCCCUACAAGGGAUAGGGUUCCUCUUAUUCUCACCUACCGCCCCACCAGCCUCUGCAUCCAGCACAUAAUUCUCCGAAUCUUCUGCCAUUUCCCACCACUAAGCACAUCUUUCCCUCUCUCCCCCCCCUUCUGCUUUCCGCAGGGAUCACUCUCUACAUGACUCCUUUGUCCAUUUGUCCCUUCCCACUGAUCUCUCUCCUGGCACUAAUCCUUGCAAGUGGAACAAGUGCUACACCUGCCCCUUCACUACCACUCAGGACUCCAAACAGUCCUUCCAGGUGAGCCGCCUCUUCACUUGUGUGUCACUUGGGGUCACCUACUGUAUCUGGUGCUCCUGGUGUGGUCGCCUGUUUAUUGGUGAGACCCGAUAUAGAUUGGGUGAUUGCUUCCCCGAGCACCUAUGCUCCAUCCACCAGAACAAGCAGGAUCUCCCAGUGGCCACCCAUUUUAAUUCCACUUCCCAUUCCCAUUCCAAAUGUCCUCCACUGUUGUGAUGAGGCCACACUUAGGUUGGAGGAACAACAGCUUAUAUUCCAUUUGGAUAGUCUCCAGCCUGAUGGCAUGAACAUUGAUUCCUCAAACUUCCAGUAAUGCCCCCUCCCCCAACUCCUUCACCAUUUCCAUCCCCUUUUCUCCCCUCUCAACUCAUCUCCUUGCCUGCUCAUUGCCUCCCUCAGGUGCUGCUCCACCCAUUUCUUUCUUCCAUGGUCUUCUGUCUCUUUCACCAAUCAACUUCUCAGCUCUUUACUUCAUCCCACCUCCUUCUGGUUUCAGCUCCCUCCACCUUUUAAAUCUACCCCUCAGCUUUUUUUCUUCAGUGCUGCUGAAGGGUUUCGGCCUGAAACAUCAACUGUGCUCUUUUUAAUAAAUGCUACCCAGCCUGCUGAGUUGCUCCAGCAUUUUGUGUGUGUGUUAAGUGGAUUGAUUUUGUUUGCAAAAUGGGAAUAAUUUUGAUAAUCACUGGGUUUCAUGACAGCUUAACUACUUUCAAAGUGGUUAGCUUUGUCUCCAGAUUGGUUAAAAAUCUCUUGCAGUUGGCAUUUAACCUUGCAUUAAAUUUAGGCUAAACAUAUUAUAUUUUAAUGUAAAUUGUGUGUAUGAGUGAACCUACACUACAGCUGACAGUCAUGGAUAUUGAUGAUGUAGCUGUACAGUUAGCCCUCCUUAUCCACGAGUUCCGCAUGGGCGAAUUUAACCAACUGUGAAUCGAGAAAACCCGGAAGUGCUCUUCCAGCACUUGUUCUUUGAGCAUGUACAGACUUCUUGUCAUUAUUCCCUAAACAAUGCAGUAUAACAACUAUUUUACAAAGCAUUUACAUUGUAUUAGGUAUUAUAAGUAACCUAGAGACCAUUUAAAGUAUACACGAGGACGUGCAUAGGUUAUCAGGGAUCGGGAUUGAAAAAAAUCGGAAGUUCUCUUACUAAGUAAAUUGGAACAAGUACAUCUGUUAUUAUUUAGCGUCAGUUCGUCAAACACUUGUCUUAGUGUAUAGUGUAUAUUUUACCUUUCUAUGCAUAUAAAACACUUAAGAACAUAUGUUUCAGUGCUGGGCUCAGGAACGGAAGUUCCCGAGUUCAAUCUAGUGACAGAUCAGUCCCGAGUGCCCUCUCCACCUUGGCGGGUUGAUGUGGAGGAUCAAAAGCCCAAAACCCAAUAAUUAAACCACUGCAUUGCUUAGUGAUACUUGUAGCUUUCAUCAGGGCAGAACCUUUCUCACUUUGUCUUUUAAAAUUGUUUCAAUCGUUGACCGAUGUAACCUAACGCUUUUCCAAUGACCGAUGGUGUUUCACCUCUUUCCGAUUGCUUUAUUAUUUCCACUUUAUUUUCAAUCGUGAUCGUGAUUAUUUUCGUGAACAGAAACUCUGCAGAUUCAGAUCUCUACUGCCGGGUCCUAAUGUCCACCGCAUUGAGUCAGGUUAAAUAAGGUCUGGGGUUCCACUGGGUUCUAAGGUCCACCUCACUGAGACAGGUUGAAUAUGGGAUUUGAGCAUCUGCGAAUUUUGGUAUCUGCAAGGGGUCCCGGAACCAAUCCCUCGCAGAUAUGGACGGCCAACUGUACUUAGAUAUAUGAUGGAUACAGUUCAGAAGAAAAUUAGUGGAACAAAGGACAGGAUACAUGUAUCCUUUCAAUAGGUUUCACAACUUUAUUUGAAAAUAUAUUUUCAACAGUAAUGUUUUUUUGUCUUUUUUCCAAUUUAAGAAAAUCACAAAUAGUGGUGUUCAUCAGUAUUAGGUAAGACAUUAUUUCAAGAAGAGCACUGUAGCUAAAUGCUGUCAAAUCCCUAUGGUCUGGUGUUUGCAUCCCAGGGUACAAAAAGAAGUGGGGUUGGAAGUGGAGGAUGCAUUAGGAGUCAUCUUGCAAAAUUCUUGAGACUCCAGGGUGGCUCCUGCAGAUUAGAGAGUGGCAAAUAUAACCCCUCUAUUGAAAAAUAAAUGAGGAGGGAAAGCUGAUAAUUAUGUUCAGCAGCAGUGGUGGGGAAAUGCUAGAGUCCAUUAUAAAAGAUUAAUAACAGAACACAUAUCAAGUAUUGAAAGGAAUGGGCAUAUUCAGAAUGUAUUUCUGAAAGGGAAAGAAUUAUGAAACAAAUCUACUUGUGGACGUAAUUAGGAGAAAGAUUAGAGGAGAGCCAGUGGAUCAAUAUUUGGACUUACAGAGCUCCUUUCUUUAAAGUACUAAAUAAGAGCUUAAUGUAUUAAAUUGGGAUAGUAGAUUGAGAAUUGGUUGACAAGUAGGAAGCAGAUAAGGAAUAAAAGUUUCUUUCUUCCAAGAAACAGGCAGUGAGUGGUGGGAUGCUCAAGGAGGGUUUGAUCUCCAACUAAUCAUAAUAUAUAUCACUGUUUUAGAUGAGGGAACUAACAUCCCCAAGUCUGCAAAUUACAUAAAAGCUGAGAAGGGUGCAAAGUGAACUGUGAGGAGGGUGCAAGUUGAGUGAGGAUCAAAUAAAGGGCAGAUGCAAUUUAAUGCAGAUUAAAGUGUGGUUAAACACUGAAAUAGACAGAUUAUCAUCUGAAUGAUAAUAGGUCAGAAAGAGUUAAAAUUUGGAUGUCCAGAUUGAGGAUUAAGGUACAGCAUUUUGGAAGGUAAAUGGUAUGUUUUCCUCUUAUAGUAGAUUUGUGUAGAAGAGCAAGAUAUCCUUAUGUGACUGCACUGGCCCUUUAUUGAGACUGAGCUGCAGUUUUGAUCUUGCAUGAAAAAGGAUGUUCUCGGCAUGUGAGGAGUAUGGCAAAGAUUUAGUAGACUGAUUUCUGGGAGAUCAGGAGUAUGAGCAGAGAUUGGAUCAGGUAGGCCUAUAUUCAAUGAUUAGUGGAAGAAAGAAAGAGGAUUUUAUAGAAGCCUGAAAAAUUCUAACAAGACUCAACAAAACAGGUACAAGAAAAAUAUUUCUGAUGGUUGGAAAGUCAUCAACCAUGGGUCAGAGAUUCAGGACAAAAGGGUGUGUAUAUGGAACAAAGAUCAGAAGAAAUUUCUUCAUUCAAAAACUGAUGAGCCUGUGAAUUCUCUGCCACAAAGCAGUGGAGUUACAUUAUUAAGUAUAUUCAAGAAUGAGGUAGAUAUAUUUCUUACUGUGCAAAGGGAGAAAGUGGGAACAGGAAACUGAAGAAAAUGAUCAACCAUUAUAAUGAAUGGUGAAGCAAGCCAAUCCCUGCUGCUUUCUAAAUAGUUUUGUAUAUACUACUGUUAAUUUGCUUAUUAAUGAAUACUGUAUGGGAUGAUCUUUUAUCCACUGGAUGGUUCGUCCACUGGAAAUUCAUGAUAUUGCAUUUUACCUUUGUUAAGGAUGUUUCUUGUUGAUAAAAGUUAACAUUUUUAAACAGCAUGACAUUUUAAUGGGACAUUGUCUCCAUUUUGAUCAUAAUUCAUUUGAAUUUGAUGCAUGUACUAAAUAGGAGCAGAUUCAAGUUAUGAUUUCACUUUGAUGUGGGAUUGUCUUGGACAUUAAUGAUAUGAAAUUGAUAUCAGUAUAGUUUUCAAUGACUGCAACCCUUCCUUGCCCUACUCCUGCAUGCCUGAGUUCAAAAUUAAUCUUAAGAUCCUUUUCCUUCUCAGUGUCUUGUGAGGCCAUCCAGGUGCACCAACAAUUCUUGGUGGAGCCUGGAUUUUUAAGGGAAAACUUCUGCCAGCGCAAAAGGCUGAGAAAUUGAUUUUCUAAUGGAAUGGCAAUGGAAAAUUGUUGAUUUUGCAUUUACUGAGGGAUUCCAAUCUGCCCAGCAUCUCUCUGGAAUGAUGAAUCAAGUUUUCAUACAUCAAAGUAAAGAAAGCUGAGAUGGCAAUAUCUGUUGAAGGCUGAAAAUGAAAGAUAGUGAACCUGAUGAAGUGGAUAAACUGAAGACAAAAUUUAUGUCCGCAUGGCACAAUGUGAAGUAUGGGUGGAUUGUGAGAACCAAAACAAAGUUUAGUAGAAAUUCGCCUGUCUUUUUGCUGGGAAAAUGCUAUCAUUUCAAGUCAGAGGGAAAGGAUGAAAGUGCAUCAGGCUGCACUGAUGCAGUAACAAACGCGGAACUGAUUUCGGAUAAUGUGCAUCAGUUCCGUAAGGACUUCAUCACUAGGAUUUGGUUAACAUACCGUUGUGAGUUCCCACAGUUAAAAGGAUGCUCUCGCACAACAGAUUGUGGCUGGGGCUGCACACUGAGGUCUGGUCAAAUGUUGUUAGCACAAAGUCUCCUGCUCCAUUUUCUUGGUCGAGAUUGGGUAUGGGCAGAUGUGCCACAGAUGGUUCCAUUAGAAUCUGAGUUGUACAAAUCCAACACAUCAGAGUGUGAUGAAUCAGGAUUUACCUUCCUGCCACCUUUAGAAACAUCACUACAGGACAUGAGCGAACAACUGGACUUGCCAAGUAAUGAAAAGCAAUCUCUAAAUCUAGUCAGCACAACAAAUGAGGAUGAAAAGAUGCACAGAACUAUAAUCACUUGGUUAGGCGACAAUCCAGAGGCAAUAUUUGGAAUACAUAAACUGAUAGAGUUGGGCGAAAACUCUGACAAACGAGCUGGAGAUUGGUAUGGCCCAGCUUUAGUUGCACAUAUUCUAAGGAGAGCAGUGGAAGACGCAGUGGAGCCCGAGCUGCAAGGAAUAACAGUUUAUGUUGCUCAGGACUGUACGGUUUAUAUUGCUGAUGUAAUGGAGAAACACUCACAAACUGUUGAAUGUGGAAUACCAGGUUCAUCAGACAAGAAUGCUGUUGUUAUCCUAAUACCAGUGAGACUUGGAGGAGAGAAGGUCAACCCUGAAUACAAAGAGAUUCUAAAGGGGAUCUUAAGUCUUGAGUUCUGUGUUGGAAUUAUUGGUGGAAAGCCAAAGCAGUCUUUCUACUUUGUGGGAUUUCAAGAUGACAGUUUAAUUUACAUGGAUCCUCAUUACUGCCAAUCAUUCGUGGAUGUCAGCAUGAAGGAUUUUCCACUUGAGUCCUAUCACUGUCUAUCUCCAAAAAAAAUGUCAUUUGGUAAAAUGGAUCCUAGCUGCACAAUAGGACUUUAUUCAUCCAGUAAAUACUAUUUUGAACACAUAAUUGAAGAAGUAACAAAGGUUUUCAGCUCUCCUUCUAAGGAGAAAUAUCCACUAUUUACUUUUUCAAAGGGUCAUGCUAAAGAUUAUGAAGUUGAUAAACACUGUACACUGAAAACUGAAUCAAUAACACAGGACUCUGGGACUCGGAGGAGGAAAGCAGAAAGGUUGAGUAAUGAGGAAUUUGUUUUGUUGUAACAGAAUUUCACAGUAACUGCGAUGGGGUUUCCUGCCAUUGCUGGCAGAAACUAUGGGUGCCUACUAAUGUUGAUUGAUAAUCUGUGAAACAUCUGCAAAAGUAUAUAUUUCACUGUAUAAAAAUGUAAACUUGUGUUUUUUGUAAUUUACUAUAAAUAAAAUAGUUUCAAUACUAGUUUUUUACAGCUGAA